AUGGACGCUCUGAUGAAAAAUGGAUACUUUGAUUUAGCUUUAGCCGUUUAUGAGGAUUUUAAAGAAGAUGGGUUGGUGGCGGAGAGUACCACUUUCAUGAUUUUGGCUAAAGGGUUAUGUAAAGCUGGUCGUAUGGAGGAAAUGCUUGAGAUUCUGCAGAGAAUGAGAGACAAUUUGUGUAAGCCUGACGUGUUUGCUUAUACGGCGAUGAUCAAGAUUCUUGUUUCUGAAGGGAAUUUGGAUGCAAGUUUGAGAGUUUGGGAUGAGAUGAAGCGUGAUGAGAUUAAACCUGAUGUAAUGGCGUAUGGGACACUUGUUAUGGGUCUGUGUAGAGACUAG